CCUUACGGAAAUGGAUGUGAUGUAACUUUAUUAUGAUUCUGUGUAUUCAUGUUGUCUUUUUAGGAUAUAGUAAUAACUUCGCUUUUAUCUAUAAGAUUGUAAAUAGUAUUUAAAAGCGAUUGUGAAGAACUUUUCUAUAUAUGCUAGGCAUGGCUGCUAUAUUGUCUCAAUAUAGUUCGACAGGUUUUUAUAAAGCUCCUGUUUCUAAAGGGAUCCUUGGUUGCAUGUUCUUAACAUCUUGUGCCCUAAAUGUGCCUCUUCUAGCUCACAUUAAGCAAUAUGUGGUUUAUAAUGUACCUAAUAUAUUUGAAAAAUAUGAAGUAUGGAGAGUUUUAACUUCCAAAUUAACGUUUUUGGAUACCAAAGAUUUAGUUUGUGGUUGCUUAUUAAUUUAUUAUUUUAGAAUUUUUGAAAGAAGAUAUGGUUCACAUAAAUUCUCAUCGUAUUUGUUAGCAGCAUGUACUGUUGCUACAAUGUUGGAGUUAAUGACAGUUUUUUUUCUUCGAAAACUUGAUAUUGAGAUCACAUUCCUGCCUACUGGACCGUAUGGCUUGAUCUUCCCCUUAUUUAUUAACUAUUUUAUGGACAUUCCUCGAGUAGCACAGACGUACAUUUUAGGUGUUCCAGUAACAGGAAAAACAUUGACUUACCUUGUAGGCCUACAGGUUAUGAGUUAUAAUGAAGCAUCAAUGAUAUCUGGUAUUUGUUCUUUAGUAGCUGGAAUUAUCUGCAGAUGGAAUGUUCUACAUAUCUUAGAUAUAAUUAAAAUACCCAAAUUUGUAGCAAAAUGUGCUGGAAUUUGUUUCAGUUGGAUUCUUGAUUCUUCCCCUCCAAGUGAGGGUUCCGUCCCCAUGGGUGCCACUUUGGAAAUCCAAAGGCAACUACAGCUUGAGAUGUUAGAACAGCAGAUGCUGCUGAAUAGAGCUUCUCGUGAAAGAGGAAACUCUAAUAAUCGCCAGCAAAUGGCUCAAGGUUAUGCUGAGCGACUUGUUCCACCCAAUAAUGAUGGUGGUCUGUUUGGUAGUUUUCAUAAUCAGAAUAUUUGGAACAAUGCCUUUAAUCCUUCAGCCUUUCUGAGAAGAGGUCAUCAGCCUGAAGCAAGUACUUCCACAGAUUCAGGGGACAUACGAAAUGGUAUCAAUCAGAAUCAUGCUGUUGUCGCUGCUGCUGCUUCUACUUCUCCACCUCAAGAAGAUCAGGUGAAAACUUUAGUUGAAAUGGGAUUUGAUCGUCAGAAUGUCGUCCGUGCCCUCCAGACUUGUAAUAAUGACAUAAAUCUGGCAACUGUGAUUCUUUUAAAUGAAAGCUGAGAUAUAAUUUUAUUGUAAAUAAAUUAUAGAUCUAAGUAUGUAUUAUGUUCCUGAUGCAUAAUUGCAUACUCAGUGUAGUGUCCUUAAGUUUUUCAUAAGAAUGUAUUUUUAAUUCUAAAAUAUGAAAAGUUUUUAAACCUUGGUCUGAAUCAGAAUUAUUGGGAAAAAGGUGGUAUGUCAAAAAUCAAAUUUUUGAUAUGAUAACUGUUUUGAAGGUUGGAUUGAGCAUAAAUCUGCUUACAUUAUGCAUUUUUUAAAUGCUACACAUAUGACUUAAACCUGACAUAGUACAAAUACCUUUUGUACAUUGUAUAAGUACAUGUAUUGGAAAAUCAAAUAUCCUGGGUAUUUAUAUACAGUAAAAUUGUCUCUGUUGUACUGCCAUAUUUUUAAAUAAUGCCAUAAAUAGAAUGAUGGAAGCUUUUUUUACAUGUUUUGCUUAGUGCAAAAUAUUGUUACCAACUAGAUUUUAUUAAUUUUAAAGUAUUAAUAUUUUUCACACUCCAUAUUUUUAAGUACCACUUUUAGUUCUAACAAUAUAUUAAGCAUGUUGUUAUGUUAAACAUUUUGUACAAACUAGCAUUUCUGCUGUUUUAUUAUAUAUUCAUGUAAAGUGUGUAAGAAUUGUAGAUGUGCUUAUAAUUAAAGUGUGAUUAUUAAAACUUGGGCAUUCUUAUAUUGUUCAUGCUUGCACAUUUUAUUGUGAUAUUUAUAUCUUGCCAUUUGGACAAGACUAGUGAUAUCAAAACUGAUAUCUUAUCAAAUUUGUGCAUAUUGAAAAAUGAAGGGAGGAUAUAUAUUUAUAUAUAACUUUCCACAUUAUUUCAAGUUUGUUAUUAAAUAAUUCCUUGUUAGAAUUUGUGUAUUUACUUAGGUAUUUUAGAUAUAAGUAAUGUUCUGUCAUUUUUUUACAAAAGCAAAAUUUUUCAAAUAAAAAUAUCAAAUCUUAUUAAUUAGUAUUAAGAAUAAAUGUUCAUUAUGCA